AUGAGCAGCGACGACAGCAAGAGCGCUCCUGUGGCGGCGCCGGCCAUGGACGCCAAGGCCAUGAAGGUCGCCAAGCGCGCCAAGAAGCUCCAGAAAGCGUCGACGCCUAUCGCGCCUGUGAGAAAGCUUCCGGCGUGGCUUACUCCCGACAUCGACCUGUUUGACUUUGAUUGCGCCGCGCUCAUUGCCGAGGCCAAGGAGGCCCGCGUCAAGCAGAUGCUCGUGCCCGGUGCGACGCUCGCGGAGAGCCAGCAGUGCUUGGACCUCGCACGGCUGUACCCAACGCCGUUUGUGGCGGCACUGACGGAGCGCGCCGCCAAGCUGCCGCCGGCCGUCGUGCACUGCUUUACGGGCACGGCCGCGGAAGCUGCGACGUACGUCAGCAUGGGCCUCUACAUUGGCGUCACGGGCUUCAUUUGCAAGUCCCACGGCGCGACCCUCCAGUCGCUUCUCCGCGACGGCGUCGUGCCGCUGGACCGGCUCGUGGUCGAGACGGAUGCGCCGUACAUGGGCUUUCCGCACUGCCGGAAGCUCGCAGCCGCGCACCCCAAGAAGCAGUAUCCGAACGUCGCGACUGCGCUGCCCAGCGUCGUCGAGGCGCUCGCCGAGUGCUUGGGCCUCCCGGCCAAGGACGUUGCGGCGGCCACGACCUACAACGCGCGCAAGUUUCUUCGCUUGCUCUAG